CUGGAAAAGGAUGGCCGCUUCAGACUCAAGUCAGCUUACAAUCUGGUUGUUGAGGAGGAGGACAAUGCACCUGACAGAUGCUGGAAAGAUCUUUGGAAAUGGAAGGGCCCCAACAGAAUUAAGCAUUUCAUGUGGAUUGUACUACACGGCAGGCUUCUCACCAAGAAAGAGCUGACUAGAAGGAAAAUCACAACAAAUAGCCACUGCAACCUCUGCCCUGACCAGGAAGAAACAAUUGACCAUAUUCUCAGGAACUGCAGCAAAGCUCGAGUUGUGUGGGAUAAAUUCCAAAGCAGAACAGUGGCCAACUCCAUGAGUCUUCCCCUGCAGGACUGGUUAAUGAUCAACCUAAGACACCAUGAUACUGCAACUGAGUUUGGCAUUAUUAUUUGGCAGCUUUGGAAACAGAGGAAUGAGGAAGUUAUGGAAGGAAAAGUCUUCUCAAAAAAUGGCUUAUUUGCAAGGAUUCAAGCAUGGUUCAACAUUGUCAGAAAUGCUCAGGAGAAUGUCCAGCUGACUUCUACCUCUAAUCCUCCGGCUGGCCAAGUCAGGAAUGUUAGCUGGGAUCCUCCUUUGGAAGGCUAG